CGACACUGCCCUGCUCCGUCUGUGUGUGUGUGUGUUAUCGUCGAGUGAAGUGAAGGGCACCCACUGAUACUUGUCUGGUCAUCGUCUUCUCUCUCUUUCUCAUCCCUUCUUGAUGGAUAUCUCACUCUCAACUUCUUCUUCUUCUGUUCGAAUUUCAGCUCUAUCUUCUUCUCGCUAUAAAAGAUUACCCAUUAAGCCCACCUGCUUAUCCUCUCAUUUGCCAUUGAAAUGCUCCAACAACCUCCCUUUAUCAGGGUUGUACACUUACCGAAGCUGCACAAUAACUUAUGCAAAGAGGCACCAGAAGCGUAUUUCAAUCUGGGCCUGCUCACAAAUUGGUGCUGCUGGAUCUGAUCCAGUUUUGAAUAAAGUGUCUGAGUUCAAAGAUGCAUUCUGGAGAUUCCUAAGGCCACACACCAUACGCGGAACGACACUGGGAUCAAUUUCUUUAGUAGCAAGAGCUCUCAUCGAGAACACAAAUUUGAUAAGGUGGUCAUUAUUGUUUAAGGCCUUUUCUGGUCUGCUUGCGCUAAUAUGUGGCAAUGGUUACAUAGUGGGCAUCAAUCAGAUUUACGAUAUCGGAAUUGACAAGGUAAACAAACCUUAUUUACCUAUAGCUGCUGGAGAUCUUUCAGUUCAGUCUGCUUGGUUUUUGGUGUUACUUUUUGCAGUGACAGGCCUUUUGAUUGUUGGAAUUAACUUUGGUCCGUUCAUUACUGCUCUCUACUGUCUUGGUCUAUUUCUUGGAACCAUCUAUUCUGUUCCCCCAUUUCGAAUGAAGAGGUUUCCCGUUGUAGCAUUUCUUAUUAUUGCCACGGUCCGAGGUUUUCUUCUUAAUUUUGGUGUAUAUUAUGCCACGAGAGCUGCCCUUGGACUUACAUUUGAAUGGAGCUUACCUGUGGCUUUCAUCACAACUUUUGUAACAUUGUUUGCGCUGGUCAUUGCCAUUACUAAAGAUCUUCCAGAUGUAGAGGGGGAUAGAAAGUUUCAGAUAUCUACUUUGGCAACAAAGCUUGGCGUUAGAAACAUUGCAUUCCUUGGUUCAGGGCUUUUGUUGUUAAAUUAUAUUGGUGCUAUAUUGGCUGCAGUUUUCAUGCCUCAGGUUUUCAAGCGCAGCUUAAUGAUACCUGCACAUACCAUCUUGGCAUUGAGUUUAAUUUUCCAGGCACGGUUGUUGGAAAAAGCAAAUUAUACAAAGGAAGCAAUCUCAGAGUUCUAUCGGUUUAUAUGGAAUCUCUUCUAUGCUGAGUAUGCCAUGUUUCCUUUCAUGUAACAAGUUAUUCUUUAUCUACGAGCUGUAUCCUUUGUUGUUGGAAGUUUCCAAAGUUGCCACAGCAUAUGAGAGCAUGGAACUUCAAAUGGGCCAAGCUAGAAUAGAGUUCAAGUUUGUUUCCAAUGUGUCUGAAAAUUAUAAAUCCAAAAAAAUACAUUACCGAGAGGAUACAGAGUUUUUUUUUCUUUUUCUUUUCGAGUGUCUAUAUUGUAGAAAUUAACUGUUGCUUGUAUCAAAACAAAAUUUCCAUCAAUAGAAGUACCAUUGCAAUGCAAUUUACUUGAUGUAA